UAGUAAUUUUACUAGACUAACCUACGGGGGGGGGGACUUUAUGAAGAUUUGCCUUUACGGUAGGCAGCUAUUAAUACUUAAAAAUGGCGCGAAUAUGGCGCCAAUUUUUAAAGGUUAUGUUAUAUGAAGAGUACAGUAAUUACUGAUAAUGAAAGGUGCAGACACAAGAAAGUUAAAUGAUCAGAGCGAUCGAAGAGCGUUCCGAACGUUGGAUAGGAUGGAGAACAACAGCCUACGUCGAAAUGUUGAAGACAACAAUGACGUAAAAGACAGCUGUGUGAAUCUCAAAAAUUCAAUUCCCCUACUGAAAGAAUUGUUUUACAUGCAUCGGAAAGUCGGGGAGGGUGCGUUUAGCUCAGUUUUCCUGGCUACUCUAAAAUCUUCCAGUGGACACAAAAAGUUCGCACUGAAACACUUGAUUCCUACUUGUCAUCCUGAAAGAAUCGAACGUGAAUUGCAAUGUUUGCAACAAAUAGGAGGGAAAGAUUAUAUUGUUGGUUUAGAAUUAUGCUUAAGAAAUCGUGGCUCGGUAGUGUUUGUAAUGCCAUACAUGAGGCACGAUAGAUUUUCAGAAUACUGUAAGGACAUGACUGUGGAGGAAACAAAGGGUUAUAUGAGAGCUUUACUAAGUGCUUUGCGAAGAGUUCACAAAUUUAAUAUCAUACACAGAGAUGUAAAACCUAGUAAUUUUCUCUACGAUCGUGCCAAUAGAAGAUAUUUAUUAGUAGACUUUGGUCUCGCACAGCAAUAUACUGCUGAGAAUCUAAAAACUAUAAAAGAAACCAACAUGGAAAGUGUUGAAGUACCAACUAUAAGGCAAAAGAAAUCUGACGAGAAUAACUUAAAUCUCCAGCCUGAUUCUGCUUCGAGGAGGCACGUAAGUAACAAGUGUUACUGUUUCGGAAAAGCUAAAGUAUGCACAUUGUGCUUAACAAGACCACAGCAAGCGGCACCACGUGCGGGUACACCUGGGUUUCGCGCCCCGGAAGUCUUACUGAAACAUCCCUCGCAGACUUCUGCAAUCGAUAUUUGGGCCAGCGGUGUGAUGAUGCUGUGCAUACUCAGCGGUACACAACCGUUUUUCCGCUCGCCGGACGACUGUACAGCUUUAGCGGAGAUAACAUCGAUAUUUGGGUCCUAUCAAGUGCAACAGUGUGCACAAAAAUUAGGUUUCGUCAAAUAUCGAAUAUCCCAAGGAAGCAUAUCAUCUGUUAACAAAACUUUUAGAUUUGGAUUACAAAACGCGUAUUACCGCAGAACAAGCACUGUCUCAUCCAUUUCUAAGUUGAUAGAGGUAUUAAUGAUAGAGGAAGAUAAAGCUGAACUUUUGCUAAAGAAGGAAAUGUCUAAGUCUUAAAGAGAGUUCGCUGAGAAUGUUAAAAGGAUUUAUAUAUAAAAAGAAGAAUUAUAAUUAUUUUCUUAAGAUUAUGAUUUUUUUUGGUUUAUUACAUACAUUUGUUAAAUUUGCUUUUUGUUAAACAAUUUUCGAGCUAUUUAAGUAAACUGUUGGAAAUAAAUUUUCAUACAAAUUAGAUGUAAAAAAGGCAAUAAUAGAAUAAUAUAAUUUGAAGCUACAUAUUGUAUAUUGAAAUUAAAGUUAUGAAAAAUGAA